CAUUCUCGUCCUUCAAAUUUUUGAGGAGAAAAGAAAAUGCAAGCCUUUUAAAGAUUCUUUUGAAAAAUAGUACAUAUGGCAAAAUUGUUAGACAAAUUCCGAGGAUCUCUGGUUGGAGCCUUAGCUGGAGAUUGUCUUGGAAGUUUCUUUGAAGGAGUGUCCUCUAUUCCUAUUCCUAUCGAACAUGUUAAAGAUAUAAUUUCCAAGAAGAUAGAACAAGUAGAACCAGGAAGUAUUACUUAUUCCGAUGAUACAGCCAUGACUAGAGCAAUCUGUAAGUCUUUGAUAGAGAAGCAAGGAUUUGAUGAUGAGCAUAUGGCUUAUGAAUUCAGCAAGGAGUUUUUCAAGGAGCCCAAUAGAGGGUAUGGAGAAAGAGUACGAGAGGUUUUCGUAAAGUUGAAAGAUAAAGUCGAGGAUUUUAGACAACCUGCAAGAGAACAGUUUGAUGGAACUGGUUCCUAUGGCAACGGUGCAGCAAUGAGGAUAUCACCCAUUGCUUUGUACAGUAAGGAUUCAGCAAGUCUGAUAGAGUAUGCAAGACGCAGUGCUGAGAUCACCCAUGUUCAUAUAAAUGGUGUCAAUGGAGCCAUUAUCCAAGCUCAAGCUGUCUUCAAUGCUUUGGUCAUUGAACCACCAAAUUUAGAUAAGAACCAAUAUAUUGAUGAUCUUGCUGAAGUGGCCGAAAUACUCAAAACAAAGAUUUCGUUUCCAUAUGAAUUACAGCUCAAGGAGAUGAAAACUCUACUUUCUCUACCCAUGGAGGAGAUAACCAGCCAGAAAGUCAAGGAAACCUUUGGCAAUGGAAUCAGAGCUGAACAGGCUGUCCCUGCUGCAAUUUUUGCUUUCCUUUUCAAGGGUACAGACUCAGUUAAAGAAUGCAUUCACUUUGCAAUAUCACUUGGUGGUGAUACUGAUACCAUUGCCAGUAUGGCAGGAGCAAUUUCUGGGGCUUAUCUGGGACUUCAAGCCAUACCUGAGUCAUGGAAGGAGAAGUGCGAGGCUUCAAAAGAAGCUAUUGAUUUUGCUGAUAAGGUCUUCGAACUCAGAGAAAAAGAAGCUGUGAAGUCAAAGUGAGCUGUUAGACGGGGAUUUGUUUUUGAUAUUUGCUUAUUCAAGAAUUUUAUUCAUACCUGGUCAAAACUUACUGGUCAAAAUGACUGGCAAGGCAAAGAUUUUGUCCUGGUGAAAUUCCAAUUUGGCCAGACAUUUUUUGUUGAGCAACUGUGUCUUUAGCCCUCAUAAUGAGUUGGAAGGGAAUUUCAGGAGGGAGUAGAAAGGAGACAGACUUUCAAGCUGUAUUUGCAACUCAUAAUCUUUGUACUAAAGAAUGUGGCAUAUAAUACAUCUUAAAACAAGAAUCUAAUGUUCUAUUUUGACUAUACGAUAGACUAUCUUCAAUCGCAAGGCAUAAAAAUGAGACAGACCCUCAAACUGUAUUUGCAACUCAUAAUCUUUGUACUAAAGAAUAUGGCAUAUAUUGCAUCAUAGUUCCACAACUGAGCACAUUUCUCAAAGACUGUGGUGUUGUCAUUUCAGAAUCUUUCUUUUGAUUUGCCCAAAGGUGAUCCAUAAUGACUUGCAAAUAUUCAAGAUGGCUGCCGCCUUGUGAAGUAGUGAAGUGUUACCACAUUGAUUCCAUGAUUCCCUAAUGGAUGAUAGAUAUACCUUUCUAGCAUUCUUGAAAUUGAUAGAUGGAUCUAUUUUCAAGUUGUUUGAUAAAUAAUCAUUAAUUGAGUUGUAGAAAAAUGUUCCUUUUAAUCGUUAAUUCGAAGCUUAGGUAGUCUAAAUAAAGAAGAGUUUCUAGUAUUGUAACUAUGAGAAAACUUGUCCAGUUUUCAAUAAGAUAUUGAGGAGCCAGCUUUGCAUGAAUUUUUAGCAGCAGGACAAGUUGAUGGGCCAGGCAAAGUUCUGCAUGACUUUGCUUUCCAUAGCAACUACUUAAUUUAAUGCCCAUGUGUAGUGAGAUUUUUAUAAAAUUUAGUUAAAUCUUGCAGGGCUGUAGACUUUCUGUCACUCCAAUAAAUUUAAUUAGUGCCGAA